UAUAUUAAAUCCUUGUUGAUAAGUACUUAUAAUUUCGUUGAGAAAGUAAAAAAUGGCUAAUUGUGAGAACGCUCCAUUGUUUGAAACAAGAAGAGCAAAGGGAAGAGUUUUGUAUAGGCUCUUUGCAGCUUCUGUGUUUGUGGGGAUAUGUUUUAUUUGGGCCUAUAGAGUAAAUCACUUGCCCAGCGACCAAGAAAAUGGUAGAUGGGUCUGGUUUGGCUUGUUUGCUGCUGAGCUCUGGUUUGGUAUCUACUGGCUCCUCACUCAAGCCCUGAGAUGGAACAGAGUUUACAGACACACCUUCAAGGAUAGGCUCUCACAAAGAUAUGAGAAUGAGUUGCCUGGAGUGGACAUAUUUGUGUGCACAGCAGACCCCAAGUUAGAGCCACCAAUGAUGGUGAUCAACACUGUUUUAUCAGUGAUGGUAUAUGAUUAUCCACCAGAGAAGCUCAGUGUGUAUCUCUCUGAUGAUGGUGGUUCUCAACUCACAUUCUAUGCUCUCUUGGAGGCCUCUCACUUCUCCAAACAUUGGAUAUCUUUCUGCAAAAAAUUCAAAGUUGAGCCUAGGUCUCCAGCCGCUUAUUUUGCAUCACUCUCUGACUCCCAUACUGCUAGUCCCUCCAAGGAUCUCACAGCUAUCAAGAAAUUAUAUGAAGACAUGGAGAAUAGGAUCCAAACUGCAACCAAGCUUGGUAGAAUAACUAAAGAAAUUGGCAUGAAACAUAAAGGAUUUUCUCAGUGGGAUUCAUACUUAUCUCCAGUUGACCAUGACAGCAUUCUUCAAAUAUUAAUUGAUGGAAGAGAUCCAGAAGCCGUAGACAUUGAAGGGUGUCCAUUGCCAACUUUGGUUUACUUGGCUCGUGAGAAGAGGCCUCAACAUUUCCAUAAUUACAAAGCAGGAGCAAUGAAUGCACUGAUAAGGGUGUCCUCAGAGAUUAGUAAUGGACAGAUUAUUCUCAAUGUAGACUGUGAUAUGUACUCUAACUAUUCACAAUCUGUUAGAGAUGCUCUUUGCUUCUUCAUGGAUGAAGAAAAGGGCCAUGAUAUUGCUUAUGUGCAGUUUCCACAGAACUUUGAAAAUAUCACCAAGAAUGAAGUAUACAGUAAUUCUCUAAGAGUAAUCUGUGAGGUUGAAUUUCAUGGUUUGGAUGGCUAUGGAGGUCCACUUUAUGUUGGAACUGGCUGUUUCCACAGAAGAGAGACUCUUUGUGGAAGGAAAUUCAGCAAGGAAAAUAAAAUUGAAUUGAAGAGAGACUAUGAUGCAAAGAGGCAAGAAAGUGUUCUUGAAUUAGAAGAAAACUUGAAGGCACUUGCACGUUGUACUUAUGAAAUAAACACAAAAUGGGGAAGUGAGAUUGGGGUGCAAUAUGGGUGUCCAGUUGAGGAUGUGAUAACAGGGCUAACAAUUCAAUGCAGAGGAUGGAAAUCAGUGUAUUACAAUCCGGAAAGGAAAGCAUUCUUAGGUGUUGCACCGACCACGUUGCCUCAGACACUUUUGCAGCACAAGAGAUGGUCUGAAGGUGAUUUUCAGAUUUUGCUUUCCAAAUACAGUCCUGCUUGGUAUGCACAUGGAAGAAUCAGCUCAGGCCUUCAAUUGGGGUAUUGCUGCUAUUGCUUGUGGGCUCCCAACUGUUUGGCAGCAUUAUAUUACUACACUUUUCCUUCACUUUAUCUUCUCAAAGGGAUCUCCUUGUUUCCACAGCUCUCAAGUCCAUGGAUGAUACCAUUUGCAUAUGUGAUAUUUGCAAAGUACACUUACAGCCUGGUGGAAUUUCUGUGGUCUGGUGGCACAAUCCUUGGUUGGUGGAAUGACCAGAGAAUUUGGCUUUAUAAGAGAACAAGCUCCUACCUCUUUGCCUUCAUCGACACCAUUUUGAAGUCACUUGGAUUUUCAGAAUCAGCAUUUGUAGUCACAGCCAAAGUUGCCGAUGAAGAUGUCUCACAGCGAUAUGAGAAAGAGAUUAUGGAGUUCGGAGCCUCCUCUUCGAUGUUCACUAUAUUAGCAACACUUGCACUGCUCAAUUUAUUCUGCCUGAUUGGGGUGCUGAAGAAAGUGAUCCUGGAUCAGGGAAUUUUUAGACUUUAUGAGACAAUGCUCUUGCAGAUUCUUCUGUGUGGUGUUUUAGUUCUCAUCAACUGGCCAAUGUACCAAGGCCUUUUCUUAAGGAAGGACAACGGCAAGAUGCCAAGCUCCAUAGCAGCUAAAUCACUUGUAUUAGCUCUGUCUGCUUGUACCUGUUUCACAUUCUUGUAUUGAUUAUUUCUCUUUUUUUUUUUUUUUUCUCUUUCCUCUUUAUAAAAUUUUGUAUUAUGAAUUAUGUAAGUUGCAGCUAGCAUACAAAUAAAAAAAAUCUUGUAUUUCUGCCCA